AUGGUUGGACUAGACAUCCAGAUCCCAACUGCUUUUGACCCAUUUGCUGAGGCCAAGGACUCAGGUGCCCCUGGAGCCAAAGAGUAUGUUCAUAUCCGCAUACAGCAAAGGAAUGGAAAAAAGAGUCUAACAACCAUUCAAGGGCUGAAGAAAGAAUACAACUACGGCAACAUCCUGAAGGACCUCAAGAAGGACUUUUGUUGUAAUGGGAAUGUGGUGCAGGACAAGGAGCUAGGCAAAGUGAUUCAGCUCCAAGGCGAUCAGCGCAAGAGCGUGGCCGCCUUUCUUGUCCAAGCUGGGCUUGUGAAGAAGGACCAAAUCAAGAUAUAUGGUUUCUAA